AUGGAGCAAGCCUUCGAGGUGCAUGCUGGACUGGCGUGGUGGAGGCGGUAUGUUGUCUUUUCAGCCUUCAAUCAUCGCAACGGGCGAUGCGAGCUUCGUGCUUACCCAAGCACUGAAAAAUUGGAUGAUACUUUUGCCUCUCUAUUUCUCCUGGAUGCUGCUAUCAGACCACUGACGCUGGACGUUGUAUGCAACCAGCUGCUAGUCUUUUCUACUGAUGGACACUUUAGGACCUUUUUCCUAUCGUUUGCUGCUACGAAGACUUCUGUUCUUUUUAGUCCUGGUCUCGCAGUGAACUUGAGCACGUUCCUGCCACAUCCUGCUUGCCUGACUCGUAUCUGUCCAUUAUCAACCACUCAGCCAAAUGUCCCUCAUACACCUGUUCCUGCAACCGCAACACCAGCCUCAGACUCGGAACUAAAUACUUCUAUUCUUUUCCUCUAUGCGGGCAACCUUCUACUCUUCUCGACUGCCGCACUUUCGUCCAUUAGUGCGGAUGAACAGACCUACUUUUCUGACUUCCUAACCGGAUUUACCAAACAAGAGUCCACUGUCCAGAAAUAUGUAAGUUCAACCUCGCUCACUGACUGCAGUUCGCUUCGGAGUUUAUCUUCUCUUUUGCCAAACUUUCAAAUGCCUCAUAAAAAUUCAGUAAUCCUAUCAAAAAAGCAAUUUUGUCCGUGUUUGGGGUACGCAUAUGUUUGUAAGGUUUAG